AUGAUGAAAGGAUUAUCUGGCAGUCGCAGUCACCAUCAUGGGGUUGCCUGUGAACCUGUAUGUGACUCUCUGAUACAUCACUCAGAUAGGAAGCAAUAUUUAUUAAAUCCUAUGGACCAUCAUCCUGCAGAUCAUACUUACUAUGCUCAAAGAAACUCUUUUCAAGGCGAAUGCAUGGCUCCAUACAGUGAUCAGAUUGCUAGCAGCACAUUUCCUCGGAGACAUUAUAAUUCCCACAAAGAACUUAAGGAUGAAUGUGCUUUGGUGCCACAUGGAACAACCAGUAAAGGUAAUCGCAUCCCUGCCAAUCUUUUGGAUCAGUUUGAAAGGCAGCUUCCUCUUAAUAGAGAUGGCUACCAUACUUUACAGUACAAAAGGACUGCUGUAGAACAUCGUAGUGAUAGUCCCGGAAGGAUCCGCCACUUGGUGCAUUCUGUUCAAAAGCUUUUCACAAAAUCUCAUUCUCUUGAAGGCCCAUCAAAGGGCAGCAUCAAUGGAGGCAAAGCAAGCCCAGAAGACAUGCAUAGUAUACGAUAUGGCAAACGUAGCAAAAGUAAAGAUAGAAGAUCGGACGGAAAAUCCAGGUCAAAUGCGUCUGGAUGGUGGAGCUCAGAUGACAACCUAGAUAAUGAUGUUUGCAUUUAUCAUGGACCAAGUGGGAUAAUGACCAUGGGAAGAUGUCCUGAUCGUUCUACUUCUCAGUACUUUAUGGAAGCCUAUAAUACUCUAAGUGAACAUGCAGUAAAGCCUUCCAGAAGCAAUAAUGAUGUUAAAUGUUCUACCUGUGCAAACCUGCCUGUAAAUUUGGAUGCUCAAUUAAUGAAAAAAAGCUCUUGGUCCUCUACUCUGACAGUAAGCAGAGCUCGUGAAGUUUAUCAAAAAGCUUCUAUGAACAUGGACCAGACAGUACUGAAAUCAGAGACUUGUCAACAGGAACGGUCCUGCCAAUAUCUUCAGGUUCCUCAAGAUGAAUGGUCUGGAUAUACCCCUCGUGGCAAAGAUGAAGAAAUUCCUUGUCGGCGAAUGCGUAGUGGCAGCUACAUUAAAGCCAUGGGAGACGAUGACAGUGGGGACUCGGACACGAGCCCAAAGCCAUCUCCAAAGAUUGCUGCACGCAGAGAGAGCUAUCUUAAGGCUACCCAGCCAUCACUUACAGAGCUCACAACCCUCAAGAUUUCCGGUGAACAUUCUCCAAAACUUCAAAUCCGAAGCCACAGUUACUUGAGGGCCGUGAGUGAAGUUUCAAUCAAUAGGAGUUUGGAUAGCUUGGAUCCUGCGGCUCUGCUUACCUCUCCUAAGUUUCGUUCCCGAAAUGAAAGCUACAUGAGGGCCAUGAGCACUAUUAGUCAGGUGAGUGAGAUGGAAGUAAACGGUCAGUUUGAAUCAGUCUGUGAGUCUGUAUUCAGCGAACUAGAGUCUCAGGCAGUAGAAGCCCUGGAUCUGCCAAUGCCUGGGUGUUUCCGCAUGAGGAGCCACAGUUAUGUCAGAGCAAUCGAAAAAGGCUGUUCCCAAGAUGAUGAAUGUCUGUCUUUGAGAUCCUCAUCUCCACCUCGCACAACCACUACUGUGAGGACCAUCCAAAGCAGCACUGUUUCCUCUUGCAUUACCACCUAUAAGAAGACACCGCCUCCUGUUCCACCAAGAACCACCACCAAACCUUUUAUCUCCAUCACAGCCCAGAGCAGCACAGAAUCUGCCCAAGAUGCCUACAUGGAUGGACAUGGACCAAGGGGAGAUAUCAGUCAGUCAGGACUUAGCAAUUCUACUGAAAGCUUGGACAGUAUGAAAGCACUCACUGCUGCUAUUGAAGCAGCUAACGCACAGAUCCAUGGUCCUGCCAGUCAACAUAUGGGCAACAACACAGCUACAGUCACCACCACUACCACCAUUGCAACAGUAACUGCAGAUGACAGAAAAAGAGAUCAUUUCAAGAAAAACAGAUGUCUGUCCAUUGGAAUUCAGGUUGAUGGUGGAGAUGAAUCCUCCAGCUCUGGUGAAACCAGAGUGUGCAGUAAGUUCCAAUCCAUAGGUGUUCAAGUAGAGGAGGAAAAAUGUUUCCGCAGGUUUACCCGAUCAAAUAGUGUUACAACAGCUGUUCAAGCAGACAUGGAUUUCCAUGAGAACUUUGAAAUGUCCAUGGACCCUCAAGAAGAUCAAUCAUAUUCUGGGCCAAUGUCGAGACAAUAUUCCCGAGAUAUCAGCACUUCCACUGUUAGCAUACAGGGCUCAGGAAACCAUUAUCAUGCAUGUGCAGUAGAUGAUGACUUUGACAAUGAUUUUGAUCCUUCCAUUUUACCUCCACCGGAUCCUUGGAUUGAUUCUAUAACUGAAGAUCCAAUUGAAGCUGUACAAAGGUCCGUGUGCCACAGAGAUGGACACUGGUUUCUGAAGCUUCUUCAAGCAGAAAGAGAACGUAUGGAAGGUUGGUGCCAACAAAUGGAGAGAGAAGAACAAGAAAAUCAUCUUCCGGACGAAAUUUUAGGUAAAAUUCGAACUGCAGUUGGUAGUGCUCAGCUUCUCAUGGCUCAGAAAUUUUACCAGUUCAGAGAACUCUGUGAAGAAAAUCUGAAUCCCAAUGCACACCCGAGACCAGCCUCCCAAGAUUUAGCAGGGUUUUGGGAUAUGCUGCAGUUGUCCAUAGAAAAUAUUAGUAUGAAAUUUGAUGAACUUCAUCAGUUAAAAGCCAAUAAUUGGAAACAUCUGGAUCUACAUGACAAGAAGGAGAGAAGGGCCCCUCCUCCAGUGCCAAAGAAGCCAUCGAAAGGUCAGGUGCCACUCAUUCGGGAACGCUCUUUGGAGAGCUCACAGCGUCAGGAGGCCCGGAAACGGCUGAUGGCUGCCAAACGAGCUGCAUCGGUUCGUCAGAACUCAGCCACUGAAAGCGCCGAAAGCAUUGAGAUUUACAUCCCCGAAGCCCAGACCAGGCUAUGA